AUGCAGUUGUCUCUUCUCUUGGCGGCUGUGGCUCAUCGGAAGAAUAGAAAAGCGCUAUAUAAGCUCAAGUUCAUUUACCAUUUACCAUCCAUUCCUGUUGCAGGUUGUGAUUCGGGGUUUGGUCACGCUCUGGCAAAGCGGCUCAGUGACGAGGGCUUGCAGGUGUUUGCAGGUGUUCUGGAUGUGAACGGAGGCGGAGCUCAGCAGCUCAGAGAGCGAGGAUCUGAAAAGCUGAAGGUGCUGCAGCUGGAUGUGACGGACAGCUCGCAGAUAGAGACUGUUCACCGGUACAUCUGCACUCAGGUGGAGGACACAGGUUUGUGGGGUUUGGUGAAUAACGCAGGAGUCCUUCAGUGUCCCACAGACGCAGAGCUCCACCCCAUCACGUGGUACAGCCGCUGCAUGGACGUCAACUUCCUGUCGGCGGUGAGGAUGUGUCAGGUGUUCCUCCCUCUACUCAGGAGAUCCAGAGGACGCAUCGUCAACGUGACCAGCAUGGCAGGUGAGGUGCCCUUGCCGAUGUUUUCGUCUUACGGAGCAUCGAAGGCCGCCAUCAGCAUGUUCUCCAGGGUGCUGAGGAUGGAAAUGUGUGUGUGGGGCGUCAGAGUGACUUUAAUCCAACCUGGAGGCUUCAGAACAAGUAUCUUCGGUAACAGUGAAGACGUCUCUCAGUUCACAGAUGAGGUCCUGGCGGCUGUGUCCCCUGAAGCCAGAGAGGAUUAUGGGAAAAUGUACAUCUCGUCCCUCCCCGGCUUCCUGUCCAAAAUGUCCCAGCAGUCCUCAGAAGACCUGUCUCCAGUGGUGGAGGACAUGCACCACGCUCUGCUGUCUGUUCAUCCCAGACCACUUUACACCCCUGGACAGAUGGCGUGGCUGCUCCCGCUCCUGCACCGCUGCUGCCCCGCUGCCGUGUCGGAGUUCCUCAUCAGGAGACUGUUUGUACCAAGCGCCUGUCGACCUACAGGACUGACGACCAGCUGAGAAGCUAAACACACAAACUAUUAAACAAGAACCAACAUCCAGAGGCCGAAGAUCUAAAGAGUCAGUAACAUAAACAUUUAUCAGGUCAGAGAAGAAAAUUAUUUUAACCUCGGCUGUAUUUUCACUCAGUUCAGUCUUUAAAUGACUAUGGCUGUGUCCGAAAUCACUCACUCAUUCACUACUCCCUAUUCACUAUAUAGUGAGUUUAAUGCAGUGGACUAUAUAGUGCACUAGCUCAGCAAAAUUAAAAAACAUUUCGGAUACUACUCGCUCACUCACCGGCCGCUGACAGUGACGUCAUUGUUGUCGCGCAACUGAAACGCGCAGCUUUGCAACGGCUGAGGAUCAAUAACAACGGUAAAUAACAGCAUGAAUUUCUGUGAUAACUCAUAUUAUACUGAGUGUAUUUUCAUGAAACUUUUGCAAAUAAUAAAUACUUAUAAAAUAUAGAAUUUUACAUAAUGAGACAUAUUUUCGGACCAAAACUAAAUUAUUUAUGCUCACAGACUCUCGUUUCUCGUCUGUCAUCAACAUUAGGACAAACUAACAUCACUAAAGUUGAUGAUCUCUUAAUCUUUAUUAAAACUGAUCAUAGAGUUCAGUAAAACGCUCUGAAUAUGAACUUUAAUGAGUUUCUGUGUUCAUGCUGGUCACUCCUCUCGUCUGUUUGAGAGCUGCCGAGUCAAAACCCAAACACUAUAGUGCACUAUAUAGUGGAUAGGGAGUGAUUUCGGACACAGCCUAUGAAAUAUUUACAGUCUGCAUUAGACAUUUCCCACAAUGCAAAGCAGCAGGUCAGAGGUCAAAAUGACGGACAGCAACAUUCAUUGCAACAGAGGAAAUAAUCCCAAUCAGACCAAACCACACAAAUAUAUCUUUAUUGAUUUUGUAAAUCAUGAAAAUCUAAAUUUAUCUCUGCUCAGAUUUUUUCAGACUGUAAGCGGACGCUACACUGUAGCGGCGUUUGACGUCUGUUGUUUACUUCCUCAUUCCAAGACCAGAAACCAUUUUAGCUGGUUCUGGUGUACUGCAGAUUAACCAGGGACUGGAGGUCAGACUACAGACUGCUGUAGGGCGCAGUACGAUGGACACUAGCAAUGUACCAUACUACAUACAUGUUACAUGCUACAGUAACAUGUAGUCCA